AUGUCUGAUAUCCCUCUCUUGGACAGGGAUCGUGUACCGCCAGACGGGCAUUUAGUGGAACACAAUGGAUUUCAUUAUACUACGCCUACGACGACAUCGCCAACAAACCCACGCCAUUCCGCCUCUUCAAGCGGCUUCUCCUCACCAAACUUGGACGGCCACUACUACGAGAGCUACCACAUCGUCAACACACCCGAUGCAACCGGCGCCAUACUGCCACCGUCGCAGCAACAACAACAGCAGUUCCAGAACGCUGAUGACUACCAGCCACAGCAGCAACAGCAUUCGUCCAGCCACUCUAGCAACUCGCGUAUCCAAUUCAAAAAUCAAAGCGGUGGCUUCGACAACAACAACAACAACAAUAGUAACAACACUUACAACUACAAUGACAUUGAACAAAAUGAACUGCGCCAGACUAGAGUGUCGUUGUACGCUUCGAUGCCAGACGUGCCACCUACAGCUGAGGACAUGGGCAUCACAGCCGACACCAGCUCGAUCGAGGCCAAGCACAAGAUCCAGAAUCACAUGUUUGGCUUUCGUCCCUUCAAGAGCAAGAUUUACAAGAAGCGUCUUGAGGACCUCUCGCCCGAGGUGAGAACACUCUACAACGCGUCCGACACUGUCUUUGUCGACAAGAGUAUCAACACCGUUGGUAACUACCUCUACUCAAUCUUCUUUGGCUCUGUACUCUUUGUAGUCUUUGCCUUGGUCAGCCUUCUCUUGUUCAUCACAUACUUUGGUAUACCUUACGCCAAGAUCACUUGGAACCUGAAGGGUUUUGUCUUUUGGCCAUUUGGAAAGUACCUUCAGAAGUUGAUGUCUCACAAUUAUGAGGGCGAGCGACAGCCUCUUAGACGAAUUGGCCAUCAUCGCUCACAUCUCAACGUCUCCAUCGUUGGCACUGUUAUCUGGUACAUCUUGGGUGUACCAUUCCUAUUGCUGGCAGAGGUGAUGGUUAUUAUAUUCACAUGGAUGAUUGUUAUUAUGAUCCCCACCGCCAAAACACAUUUCCAGAUCUUAAAGGGAUUGUUGACUGACCCUCUGUCACUCAGAGUCGAGUCCACGAUACCCAGGACUGACAGCGAGAUCAUCUUGUUCCCAGUAGAGGCAUUCAACCUCUAUUACUACAAGUUCACUGUCAGUGGAUUGAAUGUCUGUUUGGUCAAUUUACUACCUUUUGUAAUAUUAUCACUGGUCUUUGGAUACUUCUUGGAGUCUCACAUCAACCCAGUUGGUCUGUUUGUAUCGUGUCUGCUCUCGACUAUUCCACUGUCAUACUACAAUGGAAUGGCCAUUGCAAGUCUUUCAGCACAGACCAGCUUUGCAAUUGGCGCACUGAUCAAUGCAAGCUUUGGCUCAAUGAUUGAGCUGAUCCUCUACGUCGUCACAAUCAAUGGCGCCCAAGAGGAUGUGGCGCGAUCUGCCAUCACUGGCUCGUUGCUUGGCGCGCUACUUCUCAUUCCAGGUCUGAGCAUGGUCAUUGGAGGCAUCAAGCACAAGGAGCAGCGCUUCAACCCGGCGGUCAUGGGUGUCAGCACCGUGUUGCUGAUGGUGGCCGUCGUCGGAACAUUCACACCGACAAUCUUCUACAAGAUCUACGGCGCAUACAAUCUCACGUGUGGCAACUGUGUCGACGUCAAUGGUGCACUCAACUGUGCCUCGUGUGCAUACGUGCAGAACAGCCUGGACUCUGAUCCCGUCUACACAGGCAAGGCAAGAACACUGAUGUACAUCGUGUCUGCUUUCCUGCCACUGGCCUAUAUCAUUGGUCUGCUGUUCACACUCAAGACUCACACUCAUAUCUUGCAUCCUGUUGACGGAGGACCCGCCAUCAAGGACGAGCAUCACGUUGAGUCCGAUGGCACUGAGGUCAUCUGGUCCAAGAAGCAAUGUAUCGUCGUCCUCUUGCUCUGCACUACAAUGUUUGCGCUAGUUUCAGACAAGAUGGUGGAGGCAAUCGAUCCAGUCGUAAGCACGCUCGGUCUGACCCACGAGUUCCUCGGUGUCACCAUCCUUGGCAUCAUCCCCUCAGCAGCCGAGUACCUCAACGCCAUCCAGUUUGCCAUCCAUAACAACAUGCCUCUCUCCCUUGAGAUUGGCGCGUCAGCUGCCGUCCAGAUCACACUCUUCCAAAUGCCAGUGCUUGUCUAUAUCUGUGCCAUCAUUAACCAUCUGAGCAGCAAAGGAUCUUUCACUUUGAUCUUCCCCUUCAUGGACUUCUUUGUUGUGUUCUUCAGUGUCGUUGUGAUGAACUUGGUGUUCACCAAUGGAAAGACCAACUACUUCAUUGGCUCCAUCCUUGUCAUUGUCUACCUAAUCAUCGUUGUGGCCUUCUACUUCACGCCAACCUAA